AUGUGGUUCGAUAUAAAUCGAUUCCACCUUCUCGUUCUCCUCACCUGGCAAUUCUCCAUAUUCUUUGCUUCUCAACAGAUUUUCCCAAUUUUCUCGAACUAUGUUCCACAAUGGAAAUGCGGAAACGGAGAACCGUCAUCAGAUUGCGCAGUUUACGAAACAUGUAAAUCCAACUUAACAUUCGUAAACGUGGCAUUCAAGUCAGCUGCGAUGGAAUAUGAUUGGAUUUGUGGAAAGUCAGCAUAUCUAAAAUCUCUUUUUUCUCAAAUUCAAUUCGCCGGAGUACUUUGUGGAACGUUCUCGUUCGGAGCUGUUUCUGAUGUUGUUGGGAGAAAACCUGUCGCAGUUUUUGCUCUUUCUCUUGGAAUUUUGAUGAAUUUUGUGACUGGUUUGGCUCCAAAUUAUCAACUUCUUCUGGGAAUUCGCUUCUUUUUGGGUCUUUCCGUCGGUGGAACUCUUGUUGUUGUCUGCACAUUUGUCAUGGAAAUGCUUCUUCCAAAACAGAGAAUGGCACUUCGGGCGUUCUUUAAUUGGGGAGUUGCUCGACUCAUGAUGACACUGAUUGCAAUGGCUCUUCCAGAAUGGAGAAUUUCUUCGAUUGCCUGCGCAAUUGCUGCUCUUCCAGCUCUUUUGAUUAUUAUUUUUGUAUUCCCAGAGUCUCCAACAUGGUUACAUAAUAAGGGAAAAUUGGAACAAAUGAAAAGAAGUGAAAAACACAUUGCAAAAAUGGCUGGAGUACCAUAUAUUCCAGUGGAACAUCAGAAAAUUGAACAUUCCAAAACGAUUCGAGAAAUGCUCCAAACGAAAGGAUUAAUGCGUCGUCUGUUCGUUCUCUGGUCCAUGUGGUUCGUUGCUUCAAUCUGUGGAUAUGCAACUGAUCUCAAUUCGAAUACAAUCUCUGGUGAUCUCUUCGUCAAUCAAAUUCUUUUCUCCAUCCUCAUUGCUGUUUCCAAAAUGGUUCUUGUUAUUUUUGACACUCAUGUUCCAUCAUUCCGUCGACGAACUCUUCAUCAAGGAGCCCAACUUGUUGUUUGUUUGUGCUUCCUUCUUUUGACAUUCAUGACUUUCUAUGGAUAUACUGGUCUCGCAUUCCUGAUUGUCAAUCUGAUUGGAACUGUAUUCAUUGAGUAUACGUGGGAUGCCUGUUAUCUUUGUGCCGUUGAAAGUAUGGAGACUGCUUGUCGUGCAUCUGCAACUGGAACAUGUUCUCUUGUUGCAAGAAUUGGAGCUAUUCUUGCACCAAUGCUGAACUACGCAAAUCUGUGGUGGCCUCCAUCUGUCUAUCUCACCGUUGUACUUCUCGGAACUAUAAAUCUCAUUAUUUCAUAUUUCUUCUUGGUUGAAACAAAGAAUGUCAAUCUGGACAACGUUCACAUCGAUUCGUCUUCAGAAGAAGGAACACCGAUGAUUGAUGAAAAACCAUCUCAAAAAUCAGAUCAAUAG